AUGGUGAAGGCUCUGAAGACAUUAUUUAAUCAAAUGUGAUCAGAUACCCAACUACCUCUGCUCAUGAAGAAAGCGCAUAUUGUGCUGAUUCCGAAGGUGAAAGAUAGCAAAAAUCCUCAAAAUCUAAGGCCGAUCACUCUGAUAAAUGCUAUAUACAAACUGUUUGACAAAUUGGUGACUGAGAGACUACGCAGAGAUAUCACAGAAAAGAAUAUCAUUCACCCUUCUCAAGCGGGCUUCAUCUCAGGCAGAAACUGUACUGAGCACAUCUUUAGCCUUCAAACCAUAAUAGCGCUCAGAGAAAAAAUGUCCAAGCCAACGUAUUGUGCAUAUCUAGACUUAAAAAAGGCCUUUGACUCGGUACAUAGAGGUCUGCUUUUUAAAACAAUGCUGGAUAGAGGCAUCGAUUCAAAACUGGUUGCGAUAAUUCAAGAAAUGUACAAAGACGAAAGCAGCUCAAUCAUCAUAAAUGGCCGUUUAAGCAAAUGGAUCAGUAUAAACAAGGGAGUCAGACAAGGAGGCUGCUCAUCGCCAUUAUGUUUUAAUUUUAUACCGAACGAGUUAGCCUGAGAAUUAGAAAAUAAAAAGCUUGGUGUUGCAAUUCCUGGAGGGCAAACGAUUGGGCUUCUCCUGUAUGCGGAUGACGUAGUGCUAAUUGCGGAAUCAUCGACACAGCUAAAUAGGAUGUGCAUGGUAGUACAAGACUGGCUGAAUCGAUAUAAACUUCUCCUAAAUAUUGCAAAAUCGAAUGUUGUUGUCUAUCACUCCAGAGAUAGACCGCGGAUAGAAAUCAAUGGGGAAAGGCUCCAAGUCAUAAAUAGCUACAAGUAUCUAGGGUACCUGGUUGACAAGAGGAUUGGAAACACUACACACUUAAAAGAGAGAUUGGGGAAGAUGAAAGCCUCUGUUGGAACAUUCAUGGGAAUGCUGCAUGCAAUGAAAGGCGUAAGGAUAGAAAAGAAGAAGACGAUAGCUAGAGCAUGCAUCAACACAGUCGCACUAUAUGGCACUGAAGUGUUUGCUACAUCUGAGAACUACAACAGCGUUUUAGAAAUGAUGGAGCGGCUUCAGAGAAGGUAUGCCAGAAGACUACUUGGAGCGCCCAGGAAUGCAUGCAACGAGACUGUAUUAAAUGACGCAGACAUAGUUAGCAUUGAAACGGAGCUGGACAACAGAUUGCUAGCGUUCAGAUGUAGAUUACAGACCAAAGGGAAUGCGAUCAUCCAGGAUUUACUACAAAUUAAUAAACAAUGAUUAUUACCAUGGGAAAUAAGAUGCAGAAAGGUGCAAGAAAAAUACGGGCUGCCUGACGAUGGUAUCAAUGAUCAUUGAAGUAAGAUGAAAAUGAGAUCUGAUGCCAAAAAAAUAGAAAGAAUGCCAACUGAAACAUGAAAAACAACUGGAUUAUACAGGACUCUGAUAGGAAGCGAACCAAAGGAUGGACUGCCGCUAUAUUUGCGGGGCACUCCAGCAAUGAAUGGAGCAACCAGCAUAAUUUUUGGAUUAAGGGCAGGCUCAAACUUUAUAGAAGUUUUCUAUGUUUGGCGCUGUAAGGCCGAUAAAUUCUGAUCGGAAUUUAUCGGUUGGUUGCACCAAAUCAAUGCCUUGGUCGGACCAAAAAGCGAUUUGGUCCGACGAACUUGGAAAGCUCCUGGGAAAAAUGUCUGCGCUUUCAGCGCUAUAUAGAGGAAACCUCUAUACCAAUCAGUGUAGAUAUACUAGGCACAUUAUUGACAGUCCUGAUUGCAAAUUCUGUGGAAAGCCGGUAGAAGAUGAAGUACAUGUAAUUGAAGAAUGUGAAGCAUAUGAAGAAAGCAGGAUAAAGAUUACUGAAUUUUUGAAGGGAUUAUUAAAGGAUCACUUCUCAUUGCUAAAAUUGACAGAGAUAGUUUUAUACAGCUGAAGGCUUGAACAGUCAUGAAAAAGAAAUGCUGAAGGGAAAUAG